AAAGUUACUGUUGUAUAGAUAGAGAUACAGGGCAAGCAACACAUAUGCAAUUGUGAUCACCCCUCAAAAAGGCUUCUCCUUUACGAUUGAAUUCAAUUCAGCAUCUCAAGCAUUCAACUUUUAAAGUAAAAAUUUGUGCAAUUUAUGAGCUUCAAGUGAGGAAAACAAGAAAAAGCUAGAUUCUUGAAACUUUUUGUGGGAGAAAAGCAAGUGAUGGGUUUUUGAUUGGAGUACAAAUGGGCUCUGGGCUUUGUUUCUCCUCCCUUUUGGUGCACAACAAGAAGGGUGAAGCAGAAUCAUGAAUAAUAAGAGUCAGAUCAAGGGACAGGGAGAAAAAGGAAUAAGUAGAAGACUCAGGACAUUGAUGAAUUGCUGGCAAUAAAAUAUGAAUGAAAUGUUCCCUUCUUCCGAGUCACUAGCUACAAAGGAUUAUUCAACGAGUGUCUACUCGUCUCGAGCUGGUGAGACUGAACAGAAGUUAGAUACUGGAAAUAUCGAGGAAGCUGAAUUAUCUUUGCGGGAGAAUGGUUCUUUAAAUUACGAGGAAGCCAGAGCUUUACUAGGAAGGUUUGAGUAUCAAAAGGGAAACAUAGAAGCUGCACUACAUGUGUUCGAAGGGAUAGAUGUUGCUGCAAUCACACCAAAAAUGAUAGCCACUCUUGGUGCAAGAGGAGAGCCUCAUAAAAGACGUUCACGUAGUUUUGCAACCCAGCCAAUGUCCUUACAUUCUGUGAGCUUGCUCCUGGAAGCUGUCUUUCUGAGAACAAAAUCGUUACAAAUCUUAGGGAGGUAUAAAGAAGCUGCUCAAUCAUGCACGGUUAUUCUGGACAUAGUUGAAUCGUCAUUACCCGGAGGUUUUCCUGAAAACUUUGGCGCUGAAUUUAAAUUGCAGGGCACCCUUACUAAUGCAGUCGAGUUGCUUCCAGAACUAUGGAAACUUUCUGAUUCUCCUCGUGAAGCUAUCUUGUCAUAUCGGCGGGCACUUCUCUUUCGGUGGAACCUAAAUGCGGAAACUACAGCUAAGAUUCAAAAAAGAUUUGCCAUUUUUCUUUUAUACAGUGGUGGAGAAGCUAGUCCCCCGACCCUUCGAUCCCAAAUGGAUAGUUCGUUUGUACCUAAAAAUAACAUGGAGGAGGCCAUUCUUUUGCUAAUGAUUUUAUCAAGGAAAGUAUCCCUAAGAUUAAUUAAGUGGGACCCAUCUAUUCUGGAUCACCUUCAAUAUGCUUUAUCUCUCUGUGGAGGAGGAAUGGAUUUGGCUAAUCAAAUAGAAGAACUGCUUCCUGGGGUCAUUGAUCGAAAAGAUAUGUACUACACGCUAGCCCUCUGUUACCAUGCAGAAAGAGAUGAUUUAGGUGCUUUAAAUUUGUUGAACAAACUGUUGCAUAGCAGCGAGGAUCCAAAUCACAUGCCAGCAUUAUUGAUGGCUUCCAAAAUCUACAGCGAGAGCUGCAAUUAUGCGGACGGUACCAAAUAUGCCCUCAGAGCUUUGAAAAACUCAAAAGGCAGAUGUGAGCUGAUAUUCGGUGUUGCCAACUCCUUCCUCGGCAUUUCACUUGCAACACUAUCUAGAUCAGCUCUAACAGACUCUGAAAGAACUAAGACACAGUCCGAAGCACUCCAGUUCCUGGAAACAGCUGCGAGAAUGACAAAUCUAACCAAUUCCAGUGUCAUAUAUCAUCUCAGUUUAGAGUAUGCUGAGCAGAGGAAAUUGGACGCUGCACUUCUAUAUGCGAAGUCCCUGCUUAAAUUAGGAGGCUCUAAUAUUUCAUGGUGGCUAUUGGUGGCUAGGAUACUUUCUGCGCAAAAGCGACUUGAUGAUGCUGAAACAAUUGUCGAUGCUGCACUAGAGCAGACACGGAAGUGGGAUCAGGGAGAACUGUUGCGUACUAAAGCUAAACUCCAAAUAGCACAGGGUAGAUUAAAAAGUGCCAUUGGAACAUACACUCAGCUUCUUGCUGUUCUACAAAUUCGUAGUAAAAGCUAUGGAUUUGAGAAACACCUUCAUGAGGACGCUGUAAAUCGCAUUAGGAGCUUAGAAUUGGAGACAUGGCACGAUCUAGCUUUAUUGUACAUAAGCUUGUCAAAGUGGCAUGAUGCUGAGAUUUGUCUUUCAAAAUCGAAGGCCAUAAGAACAGAUUCUGCAUCUAGAUGUCAUGCAACUGGAGUGCUUUAUAAAGCAAAAGGCCUCCACAAAGAAGCAUUAGAAGCCUUUUCAAUUGCUUUAGAUGUUGAUCCUACACACGUCUCAAGUUUGGUUUCCAUGGCUGUGGUUCUGAGACGGUUUGGUGAACGAUCAGUGCCAGUUGCAAGAAGCUUGUUGACAGAAGCACUGCGUCUUGAUAGAAUGAACUAUUCCGCAUGGUAUAAUCUUGGUCUGCUUUACAAGGACAAGGGUGCUGCAUUCGCAUCAGAGGCUGCUGAGUGUUUCGAGGCUGCUAUACUUAUCGAGGAGACUGCGCCAGUUGAGCCUUUCCGGUGACGCUCGAAUCGUAUAUAAGUUCUCAGAGUUUUAGAAAUUUUGUUUAACAAGUUUUUUACACCUCUUAUGAAUAAAAGUUGUAAAAGCAGUGACUUUGUUCCAGUUCAAAGGGAAAAGAUACAAGUACAUAUCGAGCAGCUGUAGUUAUGUAUCUGGAUUUAUUACUCAAAUAUUUUAUCACGAAGCCUUGCUUCAUUUUUGCUUAUUUUUGACGACGAGAUAUAGACAGCCUUGAGGUGUUUGGUGA